CUCCUGUUCAUUCGUCCGGCUGGAAGUGUUUUCUCGGCCAGAUUCGUGAUGACGGAGCCUCCGGGCUUGGGCCACACUGAAAAGAAGCGGCUCUUGUCGGGCCGCCUCCGCACCGGCCGACUAGCUUCGUGGUGGAAAAGCCUCCUGCACGAUUACGCCGAAGCCUGCAAAGAGGUGGCUCAGAGUGUCAGGCAGCGGCCGGGGAAAGCGGGCCUCUACAUCUCGCUGCUGGCCGGAGCGGUGGGCUGCAGCCUUCACAGUCCGUGCGAAGAGUCCUUCGAGACCAGCCUCCUGGAAGCCUCGGGCACCCUUCUCCUCCUCUCGCCGUGGACCCGCAGCGCCAGCUCGGAAGGGCACGUUCAGCGACUCAUGAAGCUGAGAAAUCGGGGUCAGCUGCGCUUCCAGAGUCUAUUCUUUUUCUCCCUGGUCUACGAGGCUCCUUUCGAUGUAGGAGUGGACCUUUACCAAGUGCACUGCAAGUACUUGAAACCAUGCUGGACAGACUUUCCCAGCCAGGUCCUGGAUGUCGGCUUCUGGGGGCGCUGGUGGGUUUUGCACACCAAAAUGCAAGAUUCAGACAUUAAUGAUGAGGAGUUUCAACAUCUACCAGAGCAUCUCAGGACAGUUUCUUUCCAUAACCUGCACUCAGAAGCCAAUGAGAAACUUUUUGAGGAGAAGUACAAGCCUGUUGUUCUGACAGAGCAGCAAACCCAGCAAGUAAAAAGGGAGAAUCAAGGGCAGCUAUACUAGUAGUGUAGUUUGGCUGUAGCAUUCUGUCUUCCUCAAAGAUAGUGGAACAAAGUAAAAAGAACUGUUAUAAAUUUCCUCUUUUCUUUUUGGUUGCUGGUAUGUACUUCUAGACUUAGCUAGCCAUGGGGAAUAAAUGCUGCUUGAAAAUGA